AUGCCUCCGCGCGACAGAGGACGAGCUCGAGCUCGAGCAUCAGAUGAAGAGUUCGUUCUAUUUCUCCAGGGUAUCCCAGCGCACUGCCGCUGGCAAGAGCUCAAGGACAUGGUACGCCAGACAGCCUUGCAUAUACGACAGGCAGUCGUAUACGACGACCAGCACGGGUUUCCCACUGGUUUGGGGCAAAUUAUCGUGAAGAACGAAGAUGAAGCAUGGCGCACAUACCAUAGACUCUCCACCAACGGAUGGGAUGGACAGAGUCUUGUCGUCACUCUGGCUCGAACGAGCUCACCUACGAGGCCUGUUGCCGGUCCCACGAAAAGCCCAAGCUGUGUGAUCCCCCCGGCAUACGUAGCAGGCUAUUCGACUCCUCCUCGAGUGGCGCAGAACUUGGCCAUCCCUCCUUCACCAAUCUCCCCAGAGUGCGUCCCCUUCCCUUGUGGUCAGUGUAAUGCAGCUAACGAGAGCAGCACUCCGCUCGUCUCGAUGGCUCCAGCUCCAGCCCCAGCUUACCAGGGCCAGGGCCCAGAGUAUGCACAGGUCAUCAAUCCCAUGGCCAUGCCCCCUCCACCUCCCCCGUAUCUCCAGCCGUUCGUCCCCAUUUUCACCGACCAACUACCGACCACUCCUUCUGCGACACUCUCGCCUUCGCCAUGCUCCCCACAUACCCUAUCCCCCGCUACACCCUCCUCACCCCGACCACUCCUUCACCACCAGCAACACCAACAACAACAACAACAACAACAACAACAACACCCCUCAGCCAAGCACCACCCUCUACCCGCGCAAACCCUCAAGCAGCGACCAAACCCAAACCCAGACCCAACCGCGCUUCACCCCCGCCGCACAAUCUUCAUCCAAAACCUCAGCCCAACAACCACCCCGCACGACCUAACCCUCUUCCUGCAGGACGCAGGGACUAUCGAGCAGUGCGAGAUGCCCCUGAACCCAGAUACAGGCCGCUGCAAGGGCUUUGCGCGCGUCACUUUCCAUUCUGCCGACGAGGCCAAGCGCGCCAUCGCCCUGUAUAACACGGCUUUUUUUCUUGGCGCGAAGAUCAGGGUUAAGAUUGAUCGGAGCGGGUAUUUUUCUUCGGGUCAUGGGAAUGGUCAGGGCCAGGGCCAGGGGUAUGCGGCGAGGGAAGGGUAUUAUCUGCCGAAUAGACACAAUCAGCCUGAGAGGAAGACGGUUGAGGGCGAUAUAACCCCUGCGCCGGGGACGGGUCCGGGUCCGAGGACGGUUUACAGGAACGGCGGGCCGCAGAGGGAGACGGAAAGGGAUAGAUGCCAGCCACUUGUGGUGAACGGGUCCGGACUGGGGAGCAAGACGGCGGUGGCGAUUUGA